CCAGUCAUUUGCUCCUCAAAAUGGGUCUAGCAUCGCACAACUCUAUUACCGCUACCCUGGCGCAUGUUAGCCCUCUCCGCCGUUCAAACUUUGUCCGACUCCCGCUACUUUCGAAAGCUUUAUUCCAUAUUCUACACGGCCCGCCGCCUCCCGUCGCAGCCGUCGGAUCUUUGCUAACGCAUAUAUGGACGCCCUGUGGGACUCGAUCAACGUCCGGGACCUCCUCUCGGCCCGCGAUCUAUCCGACCCGACAUGCCCUCUCUCGGCGCCGGAUCUCCGCCUCCUCAUCCAGCGCCUGGAUUCCCAUUCCCUCCACAUCAAGUCCAAGGUGCAGUCCUACAUCGUCUCCCACCACGACCAAUUCGCCAACCUGUUCUCCCUCUGCAACGACGCCGUUUCACAGUCCGACCUCAUUUCUGCCGAUAUAUCAGAUCUGUUGCGGCUGACCUCCGACCGUCCGAUCGAAGUCGAGAUUAGGGACGCGGUCGAGGAGCUGACCGCAAAGACGAGGGAGGCGAGGACCAGUCGGGAGUUGUUGGAGCUGGCAAGGGUAAUCGUAGGAACGAGCGAGAGGCUGAAGGGCGCCAGGGAAGCCCUGCGGAAUGGACGGCUCAGGUUCGCCGCUGAGGAAGUGAGGGACUUGGAGAAGGCGCUGAGGGUUCGUGAUCGCUACGGUGACGUAGUUGAUCAGAGCGAGGGACAGACAGAGCCAGUGGUGUACGGAUUGUUAAAGAAGGAGUGGUCGGAUUGCUUUGAAGAGAUUCAAGAGGUGCUAAUGAAAUUCAUGGAAACUGCGGUGCGUUACGAGCGGGACACUAGUAGACUCAGAGUCCAAUAUCAAUUGAGCCUUCAAGAAAUUGAUGGGAUUGAGCUGCAAACAAUUAUUGAAGCCAUGGAUGUGGUUGGAAUUUUGGAUUAUGGACUUGCUAAAGUAGCAGAUUUGAUAAUUAAGUAUGUUGUCACUCCUGUGGUAAAUCAUGGAGUGCCAGUUUCAUUUGUGGAAGAGCUAACUCAAGACUCAAAAGAAAUGACUGAAGCAAUAUUGAACAUAUUACCAUCAGCCAAGAUUGAAAAUGUUGAAGGCGAGGCAAUCUAUUUGGGGAUUGUUCAGGUUGUUAAGUUUAUCUAUAAAUGCAUAUGCUUCGAAAAUGAUUCUUGGAUUCAAUCUUUUGGAAGAUUAACAUGGCCAAGGAUAUCAGAGCUUAUUAUUUGUAACUUUCUUUCCAAGGUUGUACCUGAAGAUGCUUCAAAACUCAGUAACUUUCAGAAGAUAAUUGAGAGUACGUCUCAGUUUGAGACUGCUUUAAAGGAAAUGAGGUUUAUUUCAGCAUCAGAUGAUAAGGACAAAAGGUUGACUAACUUUGCUGAAAAUGUUGAGGUUCACUUUGCUUCUAGGAAAAAGACAGAAAUCUUGGCAAAUGCUAGAAAAUUGCUUAUACAAUGUGACUUUGACGUUCCUCAAGAAUACACAAGGAAAGGUCCUGUAUUUAAGACUAAUGGAAUGGCUGUAAAUUCUUACGAACAAGUUGUUGACUUGCUUUUUCUGACUGGGAGGUGCGUGGUAUCUAAAGCAGCAACUCAACUAAUGAAGCUAGUGCAUCAGACGCUGAAGGAUGUUUGCUUGUCAUCCACCAGAGUUGCUCUGGAAUUCUAUCAUGCUGCUAGGGAUGCUAUACUUCUAUAUGAAGUUGUCAUUCCUGUGAAGCUAGAAAAACAGCUUGAUUCCAUCAAUCAGGUUGCUGUUCUCAUGCACAAUGAUUGUCUCUAUCUCUCACAAGAGAUACUUGGGCUUGCAUUUGAGUAUCGAUCAGACUUUCCAAGUUCUAUUAAGGAACACGCUGUAUUUGCGGAUAUUGCUCCACGAUUUCAUCUUAUGGCAGAAGAAAUACUGCAGAAGCAAAUUCAACUUAUUAUAUUUAAUUUAAAAGAGGCUGUAGAUGGUGCUAAUGGAUUCCAGAAUACCCAUCUGAAGCAACAAUUCGAAUUAGCAAAGUUUAGUGUAGAUCAGGUCAUUUUCAUUCUGGAGAAAGUACAUAUCAUAUGGGAGCCACUCUUACUGCCUUCAACUUACAAGAAAAGCAUGUGUAUGGUUUUAGAGUCAGUUUUUACUAGAAUUACGAGAGAUAUUCUCUUUUUAGAUGACAUAGCUGCAGAUGAAACGUUACAGCUUCAAAGACUGAUUCAUCUGAUGUUGGAUAAUCUAUCUUCUUUGUUUGAAUCCCUGACUGCUGUUGGGCAAAAGGAGAAGCCACAAGAGGAUUUAUUGCCCUCGGUUGAUAAUCUCAUACCAUCUUUAUGUAAAAUCCGUAAAUUGGCAGAACUAUUAGAUAUGCCUCUUAAAUCCAUUACCACUGCUUGGGAAAGUGGAGAGCUGGCGAGUUGUUCUUUUACAUCAUCAGAGGUGGAAGAUUUUAUCAAAUCCAUAUUUACAGAUUCACCUUUAAGAAGAGAAUGCUUAUGGAGGAUAGAAAAGUCCAGGUCUUAGAAGUUUUCACUCGAACUUCUCAGAAAUGUCUGCAAGUAAAGAAGAGUAAAUUAGUCUACUAACGGCCUCACGGCACCCUGGUGCUGCAGUUAGUGUUUCUCCAUAAGUUUAAGACAAUCCAAGGAACAGAAACAAAAGUUGUCCAAAAUUCCAAUUGAUACUAGUAGCAGAAAAGCAAAAGAAGUUGCUCUUCUUCAGUUUUUGUUUAUAGAGAUCAUUUUACUUGUACAGGAGAGGGAGAGGGAGAGAGAGAGAGAGAGAGAGAGAGAGAGAGAGUUUUGGGAGCUGCCAAAAACUACUACUUGAUGAAUGCUGUGUUUAUCGAAAUCUUGUUGGGUAUCAUUCGGGCAGCAGAUACUCGUUUUGGCCAAGAAGGGGGACGCCUGAUGGGCAGCUUGUGAAGCAGAAAGGAAACUCGGUUGCUACCAUAAGAAAAAAGAGCAGAACAAUGUGAUUGACUGGAGAACAUAUCCGUGACUACCUUCCUUGUCAAGUACCGAAGAUAAAAUCAUCCACAUGCUAAACUAAAACGGUUGUGGUAUGGACGGGUGAAGAGUGUAUCUGUGCUGAAGAAGAUGUUAAAGAAGGAUGGGGGCGAAGAGCUAGAAAGAGAGUGUGAGGGAAAAGGUAGGUGCAAAAGAUGCCCCCUUCCCUUUGAAAAUGACUGCCACUACUAAUGUGUAAUGUUAUCCCACUU